UUUAAUGUCUAAAUAAAAUAAACAGUUGGUUUCUGUUGAUCUCAAACAUUCCAGAACUAACAGAACCGUCUCUUUUAGUCAUCAGAUUGCUGCUUCCUGGUUCGUCUCCGUUAAUCUGAGCUCCAGUUAAACCACAUCAGGACUUUUAACGGGCAGACUGACAACAAACACCAGAAGAGCUGAAACUGACUCACCGUGUUUGGGUUCAGGCAGCUGGACGGCACCUGCCGGUCCGUUAGCAUCCACAGCUAGUAGCAUUAGCAUCCACUCCUUUAGCUAUCAUCUGAUUUAUUAAAAUCAGCUGCAGUGAGUCUUCAGGUUACUGAUCCUCUGAACUCCAUCCUGCAGGGUUUAGGUGUUUUACUGCACAGGGUUUGAAAUCAUUAAGAGGGCUGCACUUCCUGCUGCUCUGAUCUAUUGACUAAUAACACUGAAAUGUUCCUUAUAUGUUACUACAAUAAACCAAAGCACAUGUAGUUAUUAAAUACUUCAAUAGGUGUCAUUCUGCUGAAUAGUGUUUUUACUUUUCAUCCUUUAACUACAUUCCUCUCAUUAUAUUCUUUACUUUCACUGAAAUAAAUACAUAAAAGCCAUAAAAGAUGAACCGUUAAUCUUAUUCAGAUCCUGGUUUAUUAACAGGAGAAUGCUCUUAUGUAACCUGAUCUGCAUGAAGGAGGGGCUUUGCCUUCACGGGAUAGUUCCAGGAAACGGACAUCUGCACAUUAAAGUUUCUAUUUGGAGUAACUUCACUUAUCUUCCAUCAAAGAUGAUUGUCAGUAAGAAUCCAGCCUGAAGAGGCGUCUGGAGUCGGUUCAAAAUGAGCCAAUCAACCACAAAGCUACCAGUGGACAACUGGACCACAGAAGACGUCCACCAGUGGCUCAUGACUGAUGUCAAAGUUCAUCAGAGCUGUGCUGACAGGUUCUCUGAAGAGGAAGUCUCAGGAGAAAGUUUGCCUCUUUUUGGAAAGGAAGAGAUUAUAGACUUGGGAUUGAAACAUGGUCCUGCUGUGAAAAUCACAUCAUUUAUACAAAGUCUGAAAGCAGGAUCCAAGCAUCAGUCACAGCUGCCAGCAUAUGUGGAGAAAUGGACGAAGGAGCAGGUGAACCAGUGGCUACUGCAGCAUGUGAAGGUGUACAGCAAAUACGCAGCACGACUCCUAGAGGAGGACGUGUCUGGAGAUUGCCUUGUUUGCUUCAGGAAGCAGGACCUUCUGGAUCUAGAUGUAAAAAGUGGCCCUGCUGUAAAGAUUCUGGCAGAGCUCCGCCUGCUGAACAAGAAACCAGAGCCGACGCUUCAACCCAUCCUUCACACCAGCAACCAGACAGACUCUACAAAACCCACUCUCUCUGAACUGAGUGGGACUCAGGCGACAGAAAUCCAACAACCAGAGUCAUCUGACAAAACUGAACCAAAGAGUUACGAAGUGAUAGAAAAGGAACCCAAACAGACUCAGCUGCUGCCUGUUAAAACUGCAGAAGAGGAGGAAAUUCAACAGCCAAAGCCACAGCAUGUGGAGGCCAAGAAAAAAGAAACUUUUGCGACCACAGCUGUACCAGAAACAUCCAAGAUUACCUUGGAGAUCCAGAAAACCCUCGAUAACCUUUCAAAUGACGACCUGAAAGCAUUUCAUUUCAACUUACAAAACACAACUCACAAGCACAAACGUAUUCCUCGGAGUAAACUGGAGAACAAGAACUCCAGGGAGACUGCUACGUUACUGACUGAUCGCUAUGAACACAUGGAGGCGCUACAGGUCACAAUACAAACCCUCAGAAACAUCAAUCAGUGGAAUCUUGCCCUUGAGCUAGAAAGGGACACAGGUCAACUGAAGCAGCAGUGUCCUCCAACAAAAGGUGCAAAGAAAGAAGCCAACCAGGGAGACAAACUGAAGGCUUUGUUAACUUGUGGUGGAAAUUCACUUGACAACUAUGACAGAUUUGUUGUUGUUGUAAACAAAAGUAGUCCAGAACAAGUGCAGUAUCUGCAGUUUCUGAGUAAGUUGAAAUUGUUCUGUGUGUUAGACUUUGAUCCAAACUCUGCUGCUUCAGGUGGACUGUGCCAUUCCUACAGAGAGUCCAGAGUGGCUAAUCUGCAUACAGCAAUACAGUUUCAAGGACAGACUGAGUCAGUGAUAAAGAAUCUCAACCUCUACAAACAGACCAGCUGGGUCUUCUGUAAUGGUCGACAGGACCUGGACAGCGACUCCAACAAGGAGCUGGAUUAUAAGAACUGGCUGAGGGAGUGUUGUAGAGAUGUAGAACAGCUGGUUUCAUUCAUCUGCAAUCCUGAAGUUCUUCUCCGUGGAAGGUGUCUGAUCAUAUUUCUCCUGCUUUCACCGGUGGACACUGAGAAAGACCCGAUGUUUGAUAUCUACAAGUGUUUCAUAAAGCACAAAGUGGAGGAAAACAUCAUCACUAUCUGUGAGUCUCACAGCACAUAUCUGAACUGGAGGGAACUCAUACAAGAAAAGUGUGACUUUGACAUUGAGCAUCUGUCCAUAAAUGAACUAACUCUUAGCGAGAUCAAUGGUACCAUCAUGGGGCUGGGACCAUUAAAUCAGACAUCUGGAAGGUUGCUUCCCUCCUCUGGAUCCAGUGCUGUGGUCCUCAAACAGAAGGAUGAAGAUCUACUAACAGCUCUUGAUGUGUUGUGUCUGAAUGAAUGUGAAAACAUCUACGAUGAAAACAGUUCAGAGUUUCGUGAAUUCAGGAUCAAAGUUGAAGAGCAAUUCUACAGAGGAGGCAAAGUCCAGUGGUUGAACUUCUACUUCUGUGACAAGGACAAAGAGAAGCCGUUUAUCAAGAGGGACAAGUAUGAAACUAUGAGGAAGAUGAUCAUCACUCAGGGGAAAGAUUCGAAAAACAUCUGUGUUCUGCUGAACCUGUUUCAUGAUCCAGGUUGUGGUGGUACCACCUUAGCCAUGCAUGUGAUGUGGAACCUCCGCCGAGAGUUCAGAUGUGCUGUGCUGAAAGACAACACGCUGCCCAAAACAGAAGUUGCCAUCCAAGUCCUUAAACUGAUGAAACUUGAAAGUGACAAACCAUCUCCAGUUCUGCUGUUGGUCGAUGACUCCAAGGAAACGGAGAAUCCUAAUGAUCUUGUGAACUGCAUACGGAGAGCCGCAAUGGAGGACAACUUAGACAUAAAUGUGGAUGACACAACAAACUGCAAAGUCAUCAUUCUGAACUGUGUUCGUUCCCACAGUCCAAAGGAACAGUACAACCAGCACAACCGUAUGCAAAAUCAGUACAUCACUGCUUCACUGACACCAGAAGAACAGAGAGAGUUUGAAAAGAAACUCAAAGAGCUCAAAGAAACUCAUGAAAAACCAGAAAACUUUUACAGCUUCAUGAUCAUGAAGAGUAACUUUGACGACAAAUACAUCAACGAUCUUGCUCACAACACACUGGAGAACUUUGAUUGCAGCACAAAAGAGGCCAAACUGUUUGCCUUUCUAGCUCUACUGAACACAUAUGUGGCAGAAUCAGAAAUCGCCCUAUCUCUUUGUGAGGAUUUUUUUGGGAUGAAAAUGAUCCGGUUGGAAGCGGAGAGUGUUCUGGAUAGAAUGAAGCCAUACUCCAAUCUUCUCAUCAUAGACACAGUGGAAGAAUGGGGCGGAUACAAAGGAAUCAGAAUCCUUCAUCACACCAUAGCAUCUGCUUGUCUGGACGAGUUGGAGAGAAGUUUCUCCCUCAGAGUGAGUGAUAUAUGCAUAGAGAUGCUGCAGUAUGAUCUGUUCUUCAGUUUCGGAGUGGUUAAACACAAACUGAUGCUCUCAAUUCAGAGAAUGUUGAUUGAAAGACAAAGAAAGAAAGAUGGAGAUGACAGAGAACCGUUUUCUCCUCUCAUUGAGAAGAUCCACAGUCAGCAGGGAAGACAAACCGUCCAAGAAAUCUUUGUGACAGCAUCCACUAGGUUUGAAGCGAGUGCAUCCAUUCCUCAGGCGUUGGCAAGAUAUUUGUACCUCAAAGAGCGGGACUUCCCAGAAGCUCUGAAGUGGGCGGAAAAAGCCAAGAACAUUAAAGAAAACCCGUACACAUUCGACACAAUUGGACAAGUGUAUAAAAGCAAUCUGAAGUUCAACAUAGAUAGAGAAAAGCAGGAGAACUCACACAGUCCAGAAGACUUGAACACAAACAUUAAAAUAGCCUCUAAUGCUAUGAAAGCUUUUGAAAGGGCUCAGGAACUGGCAGACAUCGCUGAGGAACCUCAAGGUGAUGACGACGACUCAGAGGACUAUCCCAGGAAGUCAUACAACAUUUAUGGUCAUGUCAACAUGCUGGAAAUUGCUUUCUUGGUCUUUGAGAUACUGAGGAGGUUGCCUUUCUUUGAGGAAUGCAAUCCCAUGAAGAAAAUGUACUUGCAGAGUUUCCUUAGAGGAAUACUUAACAUCACCAGUGUGCACAAAGAGGACAACGAGAUCAACAGCGGAUAUGUGGAGGUCAUCAAAGAACAUGAGCAGUUUCUUGUCAAACUGAAAUCUGAAGCCAAAGAAAAUUUUGAGCUCCUCGAUCGUUACUUUGCCUACACAAAAGGGAACUCAGAAUUUGACACAAUGAAUCACAGAAAAGUCAGUGGUCUGUUUAAGAAGUAUGUGGAUCUUUUCUGCACCACACCAGAGGACUUAAAAAAGGAACAAGAAAACAAAUCCCACCUCAGUUUGAAAAUAGAUAUCGAAGAACGUAAAUUGUUCCUUGAGAGGAACCAAGCAGAUACAUUCUCAGGAAUACUUCAGCAUUUGGAUAAACAUGCUGAGGAGAUGGAGAGGAUCACAGAGUGCUAUGCUUUCUUGCAGCAAAAUGUUGUCCAUCCAAAGCAAAACAUACAAGUGAAAAUUAACUACAUUCUGUCCAACAUUGUUCUUUACCACCUGAAACCGAAAUCCAAACAUGUGAAGAGCACCAAAACCCUCUCUGAUCUCCUGAAUGACAUUCUGCAGCGUGUCGGCCUGUGGCACUCCGUCCCUGAUCCAUACUACCUGGCUCUGCUGUUGUUCUGGCCAAGUCCAACUGAGCAGAACACAGAAAUCGGUAAAUAUGUCACUGCGAUUCGAAAGUCAUCCCAGAAGCAUCUGUCGAAGUUUAGUCACCGGAGAAGCACGAUUGCCUACUUCUACUUAGGAAAAGAACAAGGACUCAAGAGGCUUGUCUCAAAAUCCAAACUGGACAAAAGUUUUCUGCCUAAAAUACCUCGUGAUGAGUUGGCACAGCUGUGGUGGAAUGGAGACAUAUUCAAAGAGGAAGCCAUCAUGAGUUGCCUUCUCCGAGUCAGUGGAACCAUCGAACAGGGGGAGGUGUACGCCAACUAUGGAGCACUGAAAAUCCCAGUGCGUCCAGCUCGCCUCAGUGGAAUCAGAAGUGGUUUCAGCACAGAAAAAGUCUCCUUCUUCCUUGGAUUUGCCAUUAAUGGACCACUCGCAUAUGAUAUCAAAUAUGAAAACUAGGGAGGAGACGUGUGGUGGAACCACAGAGAUGAGAAAAAGAACUGAAGCAAGCCAGGCAGCUGAAGAAAUGCUCUACAGAAACCUGAAAACUGUGAUGUAAAUCAGCCCAUGUAGUCAGUGAAACUAGAAGGGUAGAUGAUACUGCAGUUGUUCCUGGAUCUAUUCUUGGUUUAUAUUUGUGUGUUAAUGUAUUCUGUUAAAUGAUUUCUAUACACUUUGUGGAGAGAUGAGAGAUUUAGUGCUAACAGCAGAACAGUAACUCUGAAAGAGCUUCUUAAUGCAGAAAUAGCUUGUGAGAAACAAAUUAAAUUUAAUUACUGCUUUUCCAUGAAAGCACACCUGAAUAAUAAUGAGGAAGAGGUGGCAGUAAUGGAUUCAUAUGUUGUUUUGCAGAAAAAUGCCAUUUUUAGAUGUUUUCUGAACUCUAAAUAUUUGUGACCCUUAAAAUAUGUUGUGUUUCUGUGCAGAUUUUAGGUUGUAACAAGCCUUUAAAUUUCAGGUGUUUCAACAUUGAUUAUUUUUGAUGAAUGUUAAUAACUCUCUUUGAAUAGCUUUAUAGUUGUGUAAUUCUAAGAGGGAGUGUUAGAACAUCAUAUAAUAAUAUAAUAUUGUUGUAUUAUUAUGUCUUAGUUUUUGUUCUGGUAAAAUGAGGCUUGUGUUGUGAAAUAAAUAUUUGAAUUUACAUGA